AUGAUCAGCACAUCGUGGGGUAUCGGCUUAGUCAUUGGUCCAGCUGUUGGUGGAUUUCUUGCACAGCCUGCAGAGAAGUAUCCCCAUAUAUUUUCUAAAGAAUCUCUAUUUGGGAGGUUUCCGUAUUUUUUACCUUGUUCUGUGAUAUCAGCCUUUGCUUUGGUGGCAUUUUUCUUCUCUUACCGACUUCCUGAAACUCUUCACAUCCAUCGUGAGGAAAAUGUGAAAUGGUUAGAAGAAAAUACACACGAACCGAUUCACUCCGAGAGAAUCGAACUUCCCGAGCUAGAAUCCUCUGUAUCUCAAAGAAGCCUCUUAAAAAAUUGGCCCUUGAUGUCUUCUAUUAUUGUGUAUUGCAUUUUUCAACUUCACGACAUGGCCUAUAGUGAGAUAUUCUCCUUGUGGGCUGUAAGUCCAAGGAAUCUUGGGGGAUUAAGUUUCACUACAACAAUUGUUGGAGAAGUUCUUGCAAUCACAGGGUUCGGUUUGGUAGUUUUUCAGCUCUUUCUAUAUACUUGGGUGGAGAGCUUGUUGGGGCCUGUUAUGGUUGCUCGUAUUGGAGCUGUGAUUUCAAUACCAUUGCUUUCGAGUUACCCGUUUAUAGCCAGAUUGUCUGGCCCGCUUCUCUUUUUGAUGCUUAACUCAGCCUCUAUGUUGAAGAAUAUACUCUAUAUAUCCAUCAUUACCGGCUUGUUGGUUCUUCAAAACAGAGCUGUGUCCCAAGAACAAAGAGGAGCUGCAAAUGGCAUAUCUAUGACUGCUAUGUCGGUUUGUAAAGCAAUCGGGCCUGCAGCCGGGGGUUCACUGUGA